AUGAAGCGCAACGCGUUGAACGAUUCAGACGACGACGAUUCAGACGACGACCUGUACUCUUCUUCUUCUUCCUCCGAUGAAAACGAGGACGAUGAAAAGAAGACGACAACAACAUCCUUGAAGAAAAAAGCAUUCUUCGGAAUCGCGAACGAAAAUCUCGUCUGCGUCGGGUGUCGAGAGAUGAACAGUCCGUGCUUCUCCCAGGGUUUGUGCUUAGACCCGACGGUGAUUGAAUUACUCGACGAUGGAAGUAACAACAACACUAAAGGAGGAGAGAGUUUGUUCUUGAUCGAAGGACAACUGGUGAAAUCCGUCGGCGAGGAGUGGAAAGCGACGAGUUUAGUCUACUCUCGUACGACGACAGUUAAGAAGACGAAAGAGGAGGAAGAGUUUGAGAAUCCGCUGAAGAAGAGGAGUAAAGAAGAAGAUGACGACGAUGAACUUUUAGAUGGUACAAGAAGACUUUCGGGAGAGCAACCACCAAAGACGGUUGAAUCUUCUACUACCGAUGAUACCUCUGCGACUGCCGCCGCCGGUGGAGGCAAAACGCCGCAUCCGCUGAUUGCGUUGGGUUUACCCGCCGACGUCGAGGAGGCGAAAGCGUAUUUGAAACGAAUCAACGCGGAGACUAUCCCGCACGGCAACCAUCGCGAUUUUUUGUACAAGAACCACUUGUUGCAUUUUUACGAGAGAAGAAGACAGAAGGACGGAGGACAAGAAGAAGAAGAAGACGAAGAGGACGGCAUGUGCGGGAGCGACUGCCGAGAGCAACACGGAGGGAGCGGCAAACGUUUUAGCAACGUCGAGGAUCACGGGCGAAUCGAGGCGGUGAUUCGACGUCAGAGGAAAGGACACGAGCAAAAUCUCGGUGGAGGUGAUUACGUGCCUUUGCAACGAAGUAGCGCGCGAGCGAACGGAAAAGAAAAUGAAAGCAAAGAAGAAGAAGAAAGAGAAGAAAAUCAAAAGGAUACCGUCGUAGAUAUACGUCAAAUCGUCGAGCACGAGCGUCGAGGCGGUAACGAAGUCGCCUCGCAAACGCGAUUCAAAGUCGAAGGUAUCUGUUGCCCGAGCGAAGUGCCUUUGAUCCAUAACAUUUUAGAUUCAAUGUCCGGCGUGAGAGACGUAAAAGUCAUAGUUCCGACGAAAAUGGUUUUAGUGGAGCACGCGAAAUCGUACGCACCGGUUGAGUUAUUGGUCGACGCUUUGAACGCGGCAGCGUGUUACGCGCAUCCGUCGCGGACGUGGAUUAUUACGACCAAAAGAAUGGCGGAGCAACAUCAAAAUUUCACGCGAUUAUGGUCAACUUACCCGGGCCGAAGAUUCUGUUGGCACGAUCGAGGCGUUUUUGAACACUUCAAAUGGGUUGCUUUAGGCGCCAUCGCGGUUGGAUUACCGGAAAUUCUUUUGAAAUCGUACGGGUCGUUGCGAAUGCGCGUGGUUGAUAUAAACACGCUAAUGGCAAUCGCCAUCGCCGGUGCUGUCGCUUUACAGGAUUUCUUCGAAGCUGCCGCGGUGGUGAGUUUAUUCACCUUGUCCGAAUGGCUCGAGUCUCGCGCUAUGGCAAAAACGUCGGACGCCAUGAGCGCCGUGCUCGCUUUGCGCGUGGACGAAGCUGAGCUCGUCAAUAAAGACGACCAAACUACACAGAAAGUCGCGGUUGAAUCUGUGAAUGUUGACGCAAUCGUUCGCGUUCGACCGGGCGCACGCGUUCCACUCGAUGGUAUCGUUGUCGAUGGCUCGACUGCUAUCGACGAGAGCGCGUUGACUGGGGAAUCAAAACCGGUUUCGAAAACCGUCGAUUCGCAGGUCUUUGGUGGCACCGUGAACCAAAAAGGAUCUAUCGACGUCCGCGUGACAUCGGUAUCCGUAGACUCGGCGUAUUCGAGGCUCAUUCGGUUAGUCGAGGAAGCGCAGUCCAUGCGCUCCUCGGCCGAACGAAUGAUUGAAACGUUCGCGAAAUGGUACACUCCAAUCGUCAUAUUAGCCGCGUUACUUUACGGCGUCAUACCGGUUUUGAUUUCCACAGAUAACGCGAAAGAGUCGUUGUAUACCGCGUGCGUUUUAUUAGUCAUCGCGUGUCCGUGUGCGCUCGUGUUGUCCACACCCGUCGUUUCCGUGUGCGGCUUAACCGUGUGCGCAAAACGCGGCGUCGUGGUGAAAGGUUCACAAUUCUUGGAAAGAUUGGGACAGUUGAAAACGAUGUAUAUCGACAAAACGGGCACUUUGACCACGGGGACAUUUGAAAUGACGGAAGUGAAACUAGCAACGCCGCCGAGUGAAGACGCGAGCACACCACGUCCGGCGUUGGGCGUUGGCGCGCUACUACGCUGGGUGUGUGCGGUGGAGUCGAAAUCGUCGCACCCGUUGGCGUUUGCGAUUCAAAAGAACGCGGGUGCGGCUGUUCGCGUCGCGGCGAGACAGUGUGUGGUGACGAAUUACGAACAAAUCGACGGCGUCGGCGUGCGAGCGAUGGUCGAUAACGUUUUAGUUGAACUCGGGAACGAAAAAUUGGCCGAAAAGAAACUGUGGACAUUGUCUGAUUUGAAGUUGUAUGAGACGGCUAUUCGAUGGGAAACAGAAAUUGGCGCGACGGUGGUUUGGGUUGGCAUCAACGGCAAACUUGGCGGUAUUUUGAAAGCAGAAGAUUCGUUGAGGCCGAGUGCGAAAGAUGCGAUUGCGAAAUUACAGAAAUCAUCGAUCGACGUGAUCAUCUUAACCGGCGAUAACAAAGGCGCGGCGGAGAUGUGCGCCAAAAAUGUCGGCAUCGAUGUGCACACGAACGUGUUCAGCUCGCUGACACCGAACGAGAAACUGAAUAGGAUUACUGAGGAGGUUCAAAAGCAAGAGAAAGAGUUAGUGGCGCGAAAAAAAACAAUCUUCCGAACGUCUGGACGUGGUACAAUUGCGAUGGUUGGUGACGGCAUAAACGACGCGCCGGCGUUAUCGGCAGCGGACGUUGGCGUUGCCAUGGGCGUUGCCGGAACCGCGGCAGCGAUGGAGACCGCUCCAGUCGCAUUAUUGACGAACGAUUUAAGUCGUCUCGCGGAUACGAUUUAUAUCGGAAGAAGAUGCGUCUUGAAGAUUCGACAAAACAUUUUCUUUUCGGUGACGACAAAAUUAGUCGUUUUAGGCCUGACUUUUGCCGGUUUGGCUGGGUUGUGGCAAGCCGUCGUCGUGGACGUCGGGAGCGCGUUGGUUGUCAUUUUCAACGGCAUGUCGAUUUUGCGCGAAGCGGAGAAGGAUGACGCGAGACGAAACAAGAUUUCACACGAAAUUGGCGUUAAAUUUGCGGAAGAAGAAAAGGAGAAACAGAAACUGUUGGCGGAGCGGCAACAAGUACAUUCGCACGGUCAUUCGCAACAAGUGCAUUCGCACGGUCAUUCGCACGCGCACGAUCAUUCUUGCUGCGACCAUGACAAGGAAGAAGGAAAAAAAAACAGUCCCCCCUUCGUGUUGCGCGGCGGCAGUAACAGUAACAACAAUACAAAAUCAAGCGCUUAG